CUCAAGUCGUCACUCCAACUUUUGCCUGCUAUCUCCGCCCUUCUUUUCCCAGCAUCCCAAUUGCAUCUUUCUAGCACCUCUUUCCUUGUACAUUAGACGUCAACAUGGCGGAGCCCGUCGGUAUCGAUGCUUCACGCGCGGCACCGUCCUUGUGGGAUCGCAUGUCGAAUUGGGUGUCGGAAAACAAAGCAGUUGCAUACACAAUUGCUGGGACUGUCGUGGUUAUCACCAGUGCGGGAGCAAUCUACUAUUUCUCCGGUCAGAAGGGAGGCGCGUCAUCAGCGCCUUCAGAAAAGAGAAAGAGCAAGAAAGAACGGCGGAAAGAAAAGAAGGCCGCGGAAGAAGCACAGAAAUCUGAGAUCAGUCUCAAAGACGCCGAAGCUGGCACUGUUCCUCAACCUCCAAGUGUCGAGACCGAAGACGAACUGCCCGAGAUCAGUGAGUCCACGAUCGAGAGCUUUUCGCAAGAGGACAGGGCAACAUAUGCAGGCAAGCUGAAAGCUGCUGGCAACAAAGCCUACGGAUCGAAAGACUACAACAAGGCGAUUGACCUCUAUGGCAAAGCUAUCCUCUGCAAACCUGAUCCUGUCUACUAUUCCAACCGAGCCGCGUGCUACAAUGCCCUCAGCGAGUGGGAUAAAGUGGUGGAGGACACCAGUGCGGCCAUUUCCAUGGACGCAGAAUACGUCAAGGCAUUGAAUCGACGAGCUCAUGCGUAUGAACACCUGGGCAUGUUCUCCGAAGCUCUCCUCGACUACACUGCUAGCUGCAUCAUCGAUGGCUUCAAGAAUGAGAACAGUGCCCAAAGCGUCGAGAGAUUGUUGAAAAAGGUGGCUGAAAAGAAGGGGAAGGCUAUUCUGGCCGAGAAGAAGAACAAAUUGCCUAGUGCCACAUUCGUCUCCAACUACCUUCAGAGCUUCCGACCUCGACCUCCCCCGGCUGGUUUAGAGGAAUCGGCUGAACAUGACGAGAACACCGGCGCGGGUCAGCUUCAACGGGGUCUUGUCGCCAUGCAGAAGAAGACGGCAGAAGGCUAUGACGAAGCCGCGGCUGCAUUCAAGAAAGCUGUGGAACUCGGCGGCCUGGGAGAGCACGAAGCUUUUGCCCUCAACAUGCGUGCGACGUUCCUGUACCUUGAGGGCGAUACGACGCAAGCGCUGGAAGAUCUCACUAAAGCCGUCGAACUGCAACCAUCCCUGACUCAGGCCUACAUCAAGCGUGCCAGCAUGCAAUUAGAGUUGGGCAACAAGGACUUGGCUUCAGAGGAUUUCGAAAAAGCAAUGGCACAGAACAAGGACGACCCGGAUAUCUUCUACCACCGAGCUCAAUUGCAUUUCAUCCUCGGAGAGUUUGCCGAUGCCGCUAAAGACUAUCAGAAGUCAAUUGACUUGGAUAGGGAAUUCAUCUACUCACACAUUCAGCUUGGUGUCACACAGUACAAGAUGGGGUCGAUUGCAUCGUCAAUGGCAACGUUCCGCAGAACGAUCAAGAACUUCGACAAGGUGCCGGAUGUGUACAAUUACUACGGCGAGCUGCUGCUCGAUCAGCAGAAGUAUCAAGAAGCCAUCGAGAGGUUUGAGACCGCCAUCGAUAUGGAACGACAGACGAAGCCAACUGGAGCGAUAAAUGUGCUGCCUUUGAUCAACAAGGCCUUGGCUCUUUUCCAGUGGAAGCAAGACUUCAAAGCGGCAGAAGAUCUUUGCGAGAAGGCCCUCGUUUUGGACCCUGAGUGCGACAUCGCGGUUGCAACGAUGGCACAGCUCCUCCUACAACAAGGCAAGGUCGUCAAGGCCUUGGAAUACUUCGAACGCGCAGCAGAGCUUUCGAGAACAGAAGGCGAGAUUGUGAACGCGCUUUCAUACGCUGAAGCCACCCGAACACAGCUCGAGGUGUCUCAGAAAUAUCCUCAACUGGCCGCUCGUCUGCAGCAGAUGGAAGGAGCCGGACUUGGUGGACCUCAGUUGAGGUAAAGAGGAUGACAAGACAACACGCAUCUUGAUCGAUUUCCGUUGACGGCGAAGCAUUUCUCCCUCCUCUUCCUUUUCUUUUUUGGCGUAAUGAGCCAACGUACUGAUGAGCGAUCUAUGUGAGACUUCCCGACUUGUACGUAAUACUCAUCCUCGCCCUCGGCAGGCGAGCCUUCAUUGUGCGUGGGAUCAAUGCCAGGCUGAGGCCACGCAAAAUGGCCCAGGGCGGGCAUGAGAGGCAAAAUUAUGGUGUGUGUACAAUAAAUUGGAGAUGAAAAUGUUCUGGACUAUUUCUACACCUUUC